GCAGUUGGGGAAUACGUUCCUACCAUAAAUUGCGUCGCGUGACAAUCUCGGCGCAUUUAUAACUAACCGGCAGCCAACAUUGAAUCUCGAAAAUUAUAGAGUCAUUAGUGUUCCUAAAAUUUCCAAGAUUGCCAAGUACCGAUCAUACCUACCUAAUAGGUAAGUAGCUUAGCAUCAUUAGGUACAGUCAAUCGGGAGUUACAUUCUACGCCGAGAUGUCUUCUCUUGAUGGUUCGGCUGCUGCCGAGAGCGAAGCCAAGUUUACUAGCGCCCUGGCUACAGAAGAGCCUCCAAUCAAUCGACGACCAACCUCAACUCAAGAUGACGGAGGCCACCAUAAAGAUAAGCUUUCGAUUGAAGAAGCUAUCGAGGUCGACGUUGAUCUCGAGAAUGAGAAUGACCCCGAAAUUAGCCAAAUCCCUCCAGAAGUCAGACGAAUCGUCAGUCUUCAUGAUGACCCGACUCUACCUACUUUAACAUUUCGAUAUUUUCUUCUUUCCGUCAUCUUCGUUAUCCCAGGGGCCUUUUUAUCUGCUAUGAACAGCUUUCGAACAACAUAUGCCCCUUACUCAGUCUUCUUCGUCCAGAUCGCUGGCAAUUAUGUCGGUCUCUGGCUCGCUCGCGUUCUCCCUAAUCGCCAAAUUCGAAUCCCUUUCACCAAACAGUCAUUCAAUCUCAACCCUGGGCCUUGGUCAGUAAAGGAGCAUGUUUUAAUAACCGUAACAGCUGCAUCUGGCGCCACUGGUAACCUGGCCAUUACACCUAUCGCGCUUGGCGACCUUUACUUCAACACGCGUGUUCACCCUGCCGCAGCUAUCUUCUUCAUGUGGUCUAUUGAUGCUAUUGGCUAUGCGUUCGCCGCCAUCGCUCGUCAAGUCUUACUUUAUGAGCCAGCAUACCCUUGGUUUCAGGCCCUCUGUCAAACAGCUCUUUUCGAAACGCAGCACAAGCAAAACAAGAACCCGACUCCAACAGCGCGAAAGCAAAUGCGCGUCUUCUGGUGGGUACUUCUAGGGAUUACACUAUGGCAAUUCUUACCCGAAUACGUCUUCCCGAUGACGAGCUCUUUCGCUUUCCUGUGCUGGGUCGCUCCACACAAUCCCGUCGCCAACUUCAUCGGCUCUGGCUUAGGAGGAAUGGGCUUCCUUAAUCUAAGUUUCGAUUGGGCCAAUAUUUCUAACUAUCUUGCUGGAGUUCCGCUAUUUUUGAGUCCCUGGUGGUCGCAAGUCGUCCUCUUCGCUUCCUUCGUCAUGUCCUGUUGGGUUCUACUGCCUGCUGCGAAAUGGGGACAUCUAGGUGGUUAUUCUCACUGCUUGAUGACGAACCGAGCAUGUACCGCCAACGGAAGUAGAUAUCCUGUUACUGGUCUACUUACGCCUCAGAAUACCUUCAAUCAGACAGCCUAUGAAGAAAACGGUCCAAUAUAUCUCGGUGUCCAUUAUCUAUGGGCUAUUUUCUUUGACUAUGCUUCAUAUGUCUCCGCGUACUCUUGGAUUGCCUUCUUUGGGGCUAGUCAAAUCAGAGAUGGAUACAGGAAGUUUCGGGCGAGGCAACAAAAUGCUGGGCAAGGAAUCAAUCACCAAUAUACGGAUCGCCUAAAUGUGAUUAUGCGACAAUAUAAAGAAGUUCCUGUCUGGUGGUACAUUAUCCUGUUUCUAUGCGCGUUUGCAGCCAUUAUGACGAUGGCUGGGCUGGACAUAAUAUUCAUCCCUUGGUGGACUUUCUUGGUUGCUCUCGCUACAGGGGCUGCUAUAGUUGUGCCGCUUGGGUGGCUUUAUGCUAUAAGCAAUUACCAACUUCCUAUUGGAACAUUCAAUGAGCUGCUAUACGGUACAAUGGUUCAGAACCUGAAGACUAACCGCAAUCCCCUCGGAGCUAGUAUAUAUGGCUCAAUCGCCGGAGAUGCCUGGUACAGAGCGCAGUACAUGUUGCAAGACCAGAAAAUAGGACAUUACAUGCACGUUCCUCAACGUGCAAUUUUCUUCUCGCAGCUCUUUGGAAUCACUCUAGGUGUGCCAAUCAAUUACGCUGCAAUGCGCUGGAUUGUAGAUACCAAGCGCGAUUAUCUUACAGGGGCUACAGUGGACGCUGCCCAUAUCUGGACAGGCCAAUCGCUAACGAGUGCCCUCACUAUGGGCGUUCAAUACGUCCUACUCGGGCCAACACGACUCUUCCGACAAGAACAGUUCCGUCCGCUUCCAUACGCAUUUCUCGUUGGUGCAGGCGCCCCAGCUAUUAUUUACCUUCUUCACAGACUUUUCCCUCGAGCAAAAUUCCACCUCUUCAAUACCACGAUCUUCUUCAGCGGCGCCUCCAUCUUCUACGGCAACGUAUCCACAGGGUACUUCUCACGAUUCUUGGGAGGUUUCGUGGUUAUGUUCUGGGCGUAUCGGUACCGCUACCAAAUGUGGGCUAAAUAUAACUUCAUCCUCGCUGCCGCAUUCGAUGCCGGAUUCAAUCUGAAUAUGUUGUUAAUUUUCUUGAUAUUCGGAAGCGCAAAGGUCAUCGGGAUGCCAAAUUGGUGGGGUAAUGAUGCAGGCAAUGUUGAGAAAUGUUAUGCGCUUAAUUAGAGUGGGAGUCCCCUAUCAGGACGGCGUUCUAGGUCGGGUGGGCAGGUUGAUACCACUGUAAAACCCCCAUUUGAGCCCUAAUAAUCUACCAGUACAACCAGUACCAAGCUCAGCACGGUUCAAUGGUAUGAGUACACGAUUUCCAAUAUACCCUCGUUAG